CCAUUUUGAAGCGCAGCCCGUUCACAGCCUGACGCGCUGAGGGGGAACUAUGCCGCGGGGCCGACCGCGCAAACAAGGGAGGAACUGCACCGGGGAAGCAGAUGGAAGUGAUGAGUUGAAAGCUGAAACUUUUUGUGGUGUGGAGCACAGAUGCAACAUCUGCUCUCAAAUCUAUAGCACAGAAAACCAGUUACAGAGACACCUCCGCGAUCAUGAAGCUAACGACAAGCCUCAUCGUUGUGACCUCUGCCCUCAGUCCUUUAACGUGGAGUUUAACCUCCGGCUCCAUAAAUCCACCCACAACACAUCUGACCCCACCUGUCCUGUGUGUGAUAAAAAAUUCUCCAGAGUGGCCAGCCUGAAGUCCCACAUCAUGGUGCAUGAGAAAGAGGAGAACUUUCUGUGUUCGGAGUGUGGAGAUGAGUUUAUCCUUCAGAGCCAGCUCUCCCUGCACCUGGAGGAACAUCGUAAAGAGCUUUCCGGAACUAAGGUGUACACCUGCAGGACCUGCAGCAAAGAGUUCACCUCAGCCGCUUUGCUGAAGGAACACAUGAAAACUCACAUCAGGAUCAGACCUAUCUUGACCAGUUCGAGAAACUACAAGAAGAAUGUUGAUCGGAGCGGCUUCACCAACACAUGCCAUCACUGUGGAAAAACGUUUAAAAAACCCAGCCAGCUUGUUCGACACAUCCGCAUUCACACAGGAGAGCGGCCGUUUAAGUGCACCCACUGCGGAAAAGCGUUUAACCAGAAGGUGGUGCUGCAGACCCACAUGGUGCGACAUACCGGAGAGAAACCACAUCUGUGCAUGCUCUGCCCUGCGUCCUUCUCACAAAAAGGAAACCUGCACUCACACGUCCAGAGAGUACACUCUGAGAGUUCAGGUGGUCCUGUGUACCCAUGUAUGGACUGCAGUUGUGUGUAUAAGAAGCUCGGCAGUUUAAAUGCUCACAUCAGUAAAAUGCACAUUUCCAUCAUGGAGGUGGAGGAGCCAGCCAGCGCACAGGAGGGGGUGGAAUCUGGGCAGGGUGGAGCAGCUGAGGCAGCGGAGGGGGUCACUGAUGUCAUUCAACAGCUUCUAGAGCUUUCCGAACAGGUAACAGGUGACAGCGCCCAGGCUCCACCCCCUGGACCCACCAUUGCCAUGGAGACAGCCAUCAAUCAGGACAUUCUGCAGCAAGCCUUGGAGAACAGUGGCCUCAGUGCCAUCCCAGUUCAGUCUGACCCUCAGAACAGCGCAGGCUCAAGGCCCGAGCUUGAAACUGCGACUCAGGCUACAGGGGGCGCUGACACACCCAGCCAGAAACCAGCUGUGCCCCAAAAACUGGUGAAGAAGGAGAAGAGAAGCAUCUUCAAAAAACCUAUACAGAUGCCCGGCACCAUCAGAGAGGAGCGCGGGGUGCGUUGGCAUGGCUGCCCAUACUGCUCUAAAGAGUUUAAAAAGCCCAGUGACCUGGUGCGGCACAUCCGCAUACACACACAUGAGAAGCCAUAUAAGUGUAAGCAGUGUUUCAGAGCCUUUGCUGUGAAGAGCACGCUCACCGCACAUAUGAAGAUACACACAGGCAUCAAAGCCUUCCAGUGCCAGUACUGCAUGAAGUGCUUCUCCACAUCCGGCAGCAUGAAGGUCCACAUGAGGCUGCACACAGGAGUGCGGCCAUUCCCCUGUCCUCACUGUGAUAAGAUCUUUCGGACGUCAGGCCACAGAAAGACACACGUUGCCUCGCAUUUCAAAAACAUUCAGCAGAAAAAACAUAAAUUCCCCCGGAAGCCCCACCGAGCCCGAGCAGCCAAAAGCAACCUGCCACUGCCGGAUAUACCGCUACAGGAGCCAAUACUGAUUACUGACCUGGGUCUCAUGCAAAACCAAAACCCGCGGGCUGCUCUCCAGCAGUACCUGGACAUGGUGGAUAACGACCGGCCGUACAAGUGCACCUUCUGCAGCAAAGCCUACAAAAAGUCCAGCCACCUGAAGCAACACGUCAGGUCACACACCGGAGAGCGGCCAUAUAAGUGUGUGCAGUGCAGUAAAGGCUUUGCGUCAUCUGGCGUAUUGAAGGCUCAUAUCCGCACACACUCUGGUCUAAAGGCAUAUAAGUGCCUGCUGUGUGACACCACCUUCACCACCAAUGGCAGCCUGCGCCGUCAUAUGACCACACACAGCGACAUCCGGCCAUACAUGUGCCCCUACUGCCAAAAAACCUUCAAAUCAUCACCCAACUGCAGAAAACACAUGAAAACACACAGGUUCGAAUUGGCUCAGCAACUCCGACAGCAGGGCUCAGCUGAGGCUCAACCUCUGGAAGACCCCAUGGGCGGAGCAGGCACUGUGGAAGACCAGAUGGGUGGGACCAAUUCUGUGGAGGACCCGAUGAGCAGCGGUAACACAGUGGAAGACCCGAUGAGCGGUACCAGAACGGUAGCACAUGACCUGCAGGUAGAGAUGCAGGUGGGGCCUACAGGACUAACUCAACCCACUUCUGCCAUGGUGGCGGAGCCUCAGGCCAUGCUGCAGGUGGUGGGUGGUGGCCAGCAGGUGGCACUGCAGACACAGCUGGGAGAGGGAACUCUGGUGCAAGAUGCUGACACGUUUGUGAGCACACAGCACAUCAGCCAGUAUGAAACACCAGCUCUUCCACAGCCUGCAUAUGACCAGCCAGCGCUGACACAAGGUUUCUCCAUCUCUGAAGGUUUUUCCCAGCAACCCUCACUCUCUGCCGUGCAGCAGCUCCAAGAUUCAAGCACCCUGGAGUCACAGGCACUGACCUCAACAUACCACACGCAAAGUUUACUGACCACUGAGACUGCUGGCUUACUGCACGAGUCGACUGAGGGGCAGCUGCAUUUGAUCAGGCAGACGGACCAGUACCAGGAUGAAGAGGAGAGCAACAGGAGAGCCUACAGGUGCAGUAUGUGUGAUAAAGGCUUUAAGAAGUCCAGCCACCUGAAGCAGCAUGUUCGCUCACACACUGGCGAGAAACCAUACAGGUGUAACCUCUGUGGUCGGAGCUUCGUUUCCGCAGGAGUGCUCAAAUCCCACCUAAAUACACACACAGGUGUGAAAGCUUUUAAAUGUAAUGUGUGUGACUCCUCGUUCACCACUAAUGGCAGUCUGAAUCGGCAUAUGAUCAUCCAUCUGAACACCAAGCCCUUCAAAUGCUCUCUGUGUGAAGAAAGCUUCCGCACACACUUGUUACGCAGGAAACACAUGAAGCUUUUCCAUGCCAUUGGGCCCAGAGUGCUGGAUGGAGAAGAAGCAGGUGAGGAGGACUCUGGUGCAGAUCACUCUGUGAAGAGAAAUCGGGCAGGCAUUAUCACUUUUACAGAAGAGCAGACGGCCGAGCUGGCCAAGAGGGAUCCAGGAGAUGACGCCUCUGUCUCUGAGAAGGUUCUUGUCCAGUCAGCCGCAGAGCGGGACCGCAUCAGUGAGAUGAAAGACAAGGCUGUGGUUUUGGAUCUGGAGCCCAAAUUUGCCAAUCGCUGCCAGUACUGCCCAAAAAGCUUCAAAAAGCCCAGCGACCUGGUCAGACACAUCCGGAUCCACACUGGAGAGAAGCCAUAUAAGUGUGACGAGUGUGGGAAAAGUUUCACAGUGAAAUCAACGCUGGACUGCCAUGUGAAGACACACACAGGUCAGAAGCUGUUUAACUGUCACAUGUGCAACACAUCAUUCUCUACUAAGGGCAGUCUGAAGGUGCACAUGCGUCUGCACACCGGAUCCAAACCUUUUAAGUGUCCGUACUGCGAUCUGCGCUUUCGUACGUCUGGCCAUCGCAAAACACACAUCCAGUGCCACUUGCGGCAGGGCCCGGAGGGCAGGAAAAUGAGGCGGGGAGGCGAGAGGCCUGCAGGUUCUGCCAGUCAGAACCAGCCUCAGGGCCAGGCUCCUCCAGGGCAGCAGGGUUCCACAGCCCCAGAAACACUGCCCCCUGUUGGCCUGCUGCAUACUGCACCCACAGACCCCAGCAUCUACAUCCCCACCAAUCCCGUCCUCACCGGCCAGUACGAACAGACACUGCUGCAGCAAGGCAUCGUGGGACAGGCCAUAUUGCCUGCCACCAUGUCAGCUGGUGGAGAUCUGACAGUCUCUCUGACUGAAGGUUUAGCCACUUUAGAGGGAAUUCAGCUACAGCUUGCUCCAGCCAGCCUCCUCUGCCCUAACGUACAGAUCUCCGGCAUAGACACAACAAAUAUCAACAACAUUACACUACAGAUUGACUCCAGUAUUCUUCAGCAGACCCUGCAGCAAAGUGGUUUACUCUCACACACCCUAAGCGGAGAUUCCCACACACACUCUGCCACACACCUACUGGCGACCGCCGGCGAAGCUUCAGUUCCAGCCAACGUCGUCAUCCAGCCAAUCAACAGCCUACCUCUACAGUCCCCACCAACUCCAGCCAACGUUGCCAUUGGCAACCUCACAGAGCAAGACAACACAGGCUCAGAGCAUUUGGCCCAGGUUGUUGGAGGUGGGGCUGGGGGUCCGGAGAUCACUCUCACCAUCAGCAACUCCAGCCUCACCCAAGCCCUUACACACCCCCACACACACUCUGCCAACACACCAGCCAGCAGCAACCAGGAGAUCACACUCACUAUAUCAGGUCAAGAUCUGCUGGCCCAGUCCUGUGGGAAUGCAGGAGCAGAAGUUGGUGGGGCAUUGAGACUGACCACACCCCAUACCAGUGUCAGCUCUGAGCAGCUCCUCCCACAUAGUCCUGCCCCCACUGGUAUGGCAGUUACCACGCUGGCUCCCAGCACCUCUCUCUCCCAGAACCUUGUGAUGUCAUCAGCAGGCGUGGCAAGUGAUGGCAGUGUCACACUUACCCUUGCAGACACACACAUGCUGGAUACAGUCACACUCAACCUGAACUCACAGGGUCAGCAGUUUCCAGCUGUGACUGAGCAGGGGUCAGCAGUGCAGCCAGCCAGCAACACACAGCAGGUCAUACUGGUUGGCCACCCAGCAGAAAACACACCACAUCAGGAGGGACUCAAGAUUGUGGAAGGCCAGGCUGAAGUGAAGGGGUCAGAAGUGGAUCUCCAGCUGAAUCAGUGUUUUUACUGCAGUCAGACUUUACCCACGGCAAACGCUCUGCGCCGCCACUGCAGGACCAUGCAUGGCAAGGAGCGCUGCCACGUGUGCCGUGUGUGCAACAAAGCCUUUAAACGUGCAACACAUCUCAAGGAGCAUGAGUUUGUUCACCUGAAUGGCCCCACCUUGAGCUCUCAGAAGCCACGCGUGUUUAAAUGCUCCAGCUGUGACAAAGCCUUUGCCAAACCCAGCCAACUGGAGAGACACAUCCGCACACAUACAGGUGAACGACCCUUUAAGUGUUUGCAGUGUGACAAGGCAUUUAACCAGAAGAGCGCGCUGCAGGUCCACAUAGUCAAACACACAGGCGAGAAACCAUACAAGUGUGAGGUGUGUACCAUCAGCUUCACACAGAAAAGCAACAUGAAGCUGCACAUGAAGAGAUCGCAUGGCUAUGGUAAACAGAUGGAGGCAGAGCGAGAUGCGGGCCAAGAGCAGGAUUGUGUGCCUGAACCACCACAGGCCACAUCUUCAAAAGAUGAAACCUCAGCAGAACUGGAACCAGCUGGAGACUGGCAGUGUCCCAUCCCCAAUGUCUUCCCAUAAACAAUAAGUACACAUACUCUACAUAGAACAAUCCUCUGCACAUUUUAAUGGAAAAUUACUGUUUAUUUGCUGAAUGAAACAUAAAAUAAAAUAUGCAGUUUGGCCUGUGCAAAAGGCACAUUUUGUAUUUUAUGUUUUUUUCAGUAUUUUAAACUCCAUAUUGCCAUGUUUAAGUUUGUUCUCUGUAGAGGAUGUGUUAGCCUAUUUUCACUUAGAAAAUCAACAAAACGUGUAAUUUCAUCAGGGGUGUUGAAAUGACAGUAGCCUCAUGUUAAAUUAGUGAACUGACACUGUAGCUCCCCUCAGCCCAAGAGGAAAAAAAUCUGUGUGUUUUGUCUCUUUGACUUGAUAGGAAUUGAUAAAUGACUUUCACUGUAAAGCACUCUUGAAAAAGUCUCUACGGAUCCAAAAGCUACAGCAAUUCUAGUGUGUCAGCAUCCUUUUCUUUUUUCAAUCUUGGACUCGCAUACACCCACCCCAACUUUAAACACAGUACGUGUACUGCUUGUUUGAGUUUCUGUGUGCAUUGAAAAGUGUAACUUACAGAAAGAGUUUCUUUAAAAAUUUGAUGUAAUUGAAUUAUAUUUGUAUAAAGCGUUUUUUACUAGUAAAAUGUAAAUAGUUUCUGGAUGUAGAAUCCGCUAACUCAAGUUUUCAUUAUCAGCUAUGUUUAACUGAUGGCUUUGUCGGUGUAUAAAGUUUAAGCUGUAUACUUUGUGGCAUACAUGUAUUUUGUAAUGUUCAGAAGUAUUUAAGAAUA